AUGAUUGUAUUCAUAUUUCUAUUCAUUUAUGGAUUUCACGAUAAGCCGUUUCUUCUCUUUUCUCAUCUAGUGACGGUGUUGAUGGAAAUGAUUGUUCUGGGAUUAGCUCAUCUUACAGGAGCAACUGAUACAAAUUGUCAGAUUCACCAAAAUGAGACAAAAGCCCAAGAUUUGGCUCAAGUUUUAAUGUACAAUUAUUCAAGAAAUGCUUUACCCGAGCCAAGUCCAGUGAAUGUUUUGGUGGAGAUAACGAUACAAGAUAUUUCCGAUAUUUCUGCAAUCACUGGCACUUUUGUAAUCGAUUUUUGGAUUAGUGCAAUUUGGUUGGACUCAAGACUCCAAUUCUCUCAUAUUGAUCCUUGUCGUAAAAAUCUUUCAUUGGAUCAUGAUAUGGAGCCAAAAUUAUGGUCUCCAAAUGUUUGCAUUGUGAAUUCGAAAGCAACAAAAGUUCACGAUUCACCAAAACCGAAUAUUCUUUUAAUGAUUUUUCCAAAUGGAACAACUUGGUUAAAUUAUCGAAUACGAUCAGAGGCGCCAUGUCAAAUGAAUUUGAGAUCAUUUCCUCUUGAUUUUAUUAAAUGCUCAUUAAUAUUGGAAAGCUAUUCAUUUAAUGCAGCUGAGGUAACAUUACAAUGGUUAGAAUGGUCACCGGUGAGCACAGUGAAAGCUGAUUUUAAUCUGCCGGACUUUCGAAUGACAAAUAUUACAUAUGGAAGUAUUACGGAGAUGUACACAGCUGGCAUUUGGAAUCGUUUAUAUGUAGACAUUCACUUUGAACGACUCUACGGAUUUUAUAUUUUACAGAUGUACAUGCCUACUUAUAUAUCAGUUUUUAUUUCGUGGAUUGCUUUUUGGAUGGACACAAGAGCUCUCCCAGCUCGUAUCACUCUUUCUGUUUCAUCUCUAAUGGCACUCACAUUUCAAUUCGGAAAUAUUGUUAAAUCAUUGCCGAGGGCUUCAUACGUGAAAGCUAUCGAUAUUUGGAUGUUUUCUUGUGUUGGAUUCAUUUUCUUUUCUCUCGUUGAAUUGGCGAUUGUUGCUUAUAAUGACAAAAUGGAGGAUCAACGAUUGCGAGAAUAUCGAAUGACAUCUUUGGGGCAUAUCUUUCAACAACAAAGCAAUGGAAAUGGACCAGAGAGAUCGAUUAUGCAUAGAAGAAGUACUCAGCUAUUGAUGAUGGAUCAGAGAACGCAUACGAAACUCACUGAAGAGAGUCCAAUUCCAUCACCGCCACCAUUUAGGAAAUUGCGGAGAAAUGAUUUGGGAGCGUCGAUUGAUCGAGUUGCAUCAAUGGGUUUCCCGGCGGCAUUCGCCAUUUUCAACAUGGUUUACUGGACAUAUUAUCUCUCAAAUCCGACAACAUACACCGCU